AUGAAGGAAUUAUCGCCGAUUGCACGUCCUUUGGCGGAGAGGAAGUUAUUGAAGAAACUGCACAAAGUUAUUAAAAAAGCUUCGAAGCAACGACAAGUAAAACGUGGUGUAAAAGAAGUGGUGAAAGGAAUCCGGAAAGGAGAGAAGGGCUUGCUCGUCCUCGCGGCAGACAUAACACCCAUCGACAUCAUCUCCCACUUACCCGUACUAAGUGAAGACGAACAAAUACCCUACGUCUUCAUUCCGUCAAAAGAAGAGCUCGGACGUGCGAGCUCGACGAAGAGGCCGACGAGCUGCGUCAUGGUUUGUCCGGACGCUAAGAAGCGGAAGCGGAAGGAAAAGGAUGGUGAGAAGGAGAAGGAGGACAAGGAUGAGGAUGAUGACUAUAAGGAGCUGUAUAAUGAGUGUUGCAAAGAGGUUGCGAAGUUGCAGGAGAAGAUAUUUUUCUAG